UCAUUUCAGGGAUAUAUUUUGGAAGGGCUCUGCAGCUCCCACUUGAGAAUCAGCCUGUGAAAAGGAGAAGACUCAGAGCCAUCUUUGUUUCUCGGAAACUGUUCCAUCUCUGCUUGGAUCACUCUGCGCUGUGGCCAUCACCUGGAAGAUGCUCCUCUCCCUUUUCCUCCUUGCCAGUGGCCUCUUGGGCUCUCUUGCCCUGGAAGAUCUGGAAAGGAAGGCGUUUGUUUUCCCAGUGGCCUCAGAUACUGCCCACGUAGUCUUGAAGGCCAAAAUACGACAUCCCUUGACCAGCUUCACAGUCUGCCUGAGGUUCUACACAGACCUGACCCGUGGCUACAGCCUCUUCUCUUACGCCAGCAGGAACCAUGACAACGAGCUCUACCUCUUAGCGCUGAAUCCCAAGCAAUACAAGUUUCAUUUGGGGGAUGAAGCUCUGAUCUUCAGUGUUCCAGAAGCAUUGAACACUAACCCUGUUGGGAAACACGUCUGUGUGAGUUGGGAGUCUUCCACAGGCCUAGUGGAGCUCUGGGUGAACGGGCAACCUUUGGUCCGGAAGAGCUUGCUGAAAGGACAUUCUGUCCGACCAGAGGGAUCCAUUGUCCUCGGCCAAGAUCAGGAUUCCUUUGGAGGCAGCUUUGACAUCAAUGAAUCCUUUGUAGGGGAGAUCACAGAUGUAUACAUGUGGGACCGCGUUCUGUACCCUGAUGAGGUGGUCCUUGCCUCGUACAACCACGCUCUUCCCGACUACCUGAUCAACUGGAUAUCGUUGGAUUACAGCAUCACAGGCGAUGCCCUUGUUAAGCCUGCAUUGCUUUCUGCCCACAGAACUGAGUAG